UUCUAGAAGGCUGUUGCUUGAAUAGUUUGACAUGGACAUUAUAUUUCAUAGUAUAUUUGUCAAUUAGGCAAUUUUGCAUGUGUUAAUUAAGGAAGUUUGGUAUUUGAGGAAUGCCUACACUCAUGCAUAAGAACAUUGUAGGUUUUAAUUUGGUUUCAAAGGCAUUUGUGGUUAUGGUGCAAUUGAUUGUAGGCUGUGCCUCAUGACAAAAUUUCAGUCAAGAGAGCUGCACAUGAAGCUAAGCAACUUGAAGUUGUUGAAUUGCCAGUAGCUGAGUCAACAACAUGUGUUUCUUGCUGCCCUGUUACUGGUAAUGUGGCAGUUGGAGGAAAUGGGGUUAUCAGAGUGUUUGUGUUGGUUCAAAAUGAGCGCAACUGGGUGGAAUUUGAGCAGUUUUCUGACAUCAAACUUGAUCUUGUUUGUGUAAAGGUGUCAAUUUGUGAAGACUAUGUUGCUGCUGUGAGUACAGACGAAGUGCUGGUACUUAAAUUAAAUGUUGCUGUUGGUGAUGAGAUUACUCAGACUGAUGGCUGUUGCGAUACCUUGAGUGAAUCUAAUCAAAUAAAAGAUGAUGACAAUUUGUUUGUUUGUGAUUUUACCACAAAUGCAGGAUCAAUUAAUAAUUUAUCAUCUCAGCUUGAACUUAUUCAAUUGUCUAGCGUUGCAGAGCAAGGGCCAAUUGUAGAAAAGAUGCAGGAGUCAAUGGAAAUUUUUGGUCCUGUGGCCAAGUUGUUGUGUGUCUCUAUCACAGUGGAGCUUACCAAAGCUACUGUCAGAGAAUACAGGAAACUGUUUGGUGCUAAUUCUGCUUCAGAAUUUGAAAGGCAAAGCAUUUCUACAUCUGCAGAUGGGAAGCAGGUAAUGGCUUCAUGUGUAGUUCUACUCUAUAAGAAAUAUAUACAUCUUGGAGGCUCCAUUCAUUCUCUACAGUUCGUGCCAACAUUUCAAGCUUUGAAAGAUGUCUCAAGAGUGACUACAAACUCAGGUCUUCCUUGUCCUCUUCUGCCACCAAUUCAUAUUCAAGAAGUGAGACAGCUAGUGGGGAUGGGUUGCUUUGUAUCAGGUCCAAAGCAAGGCUAUAUGUAUGAUGUGAAGAAUGAUACUAAGCUUUUGUCUACGUAUCCAUACAUGCAUGAGACAACUGCUGCUGAUGUUGGUUCUCAAUUUUUACAAGCAAUUACAACCAUGGGACUUGAGACAUACACCGUUCGAACAUUUUCCCACAGUGUGCAUGAAGUUAGGAAGAACGUAAAGAGGCAGCACGAGAAGAAGCACAUGAAAUUGGAGCCAGAAGUCUUAUUUGAACAGAUGUGUCCACCUGUUGAUGUACCAAUAUGCUUGAUUGGCAUGCAUCCUUUUGUUGGUCUUUGUGGUAUGGUAACAGUUGGUGACUAUGUGGUGGUGUUGUCAAAAGCUUCUGAAACUGGAAAAUUGCGUUCAGACCUUUGGAGUCGGAGGAUAUCCAAAGUUCUUGGUCGUUCUGAAGGAGCCGAAUGCACGGAAUGGGGUGUUUAUGUGUUAACUAACAUCUCAGCAGGGCAGCUUUUCAAAGAUGCAAUGGCAAUGGCAAAUGAUCUGAAGUCAACCAAUCCACCAGUAUAUCACCAACUGCUCUGUGAAGGAAAUUUGUUGCUACGAAGUCAGCUGAAUAGUGCCAAUGUUCACCGAGCAGUCAUAACUAGAGCAAACAGCCAAACAGUUUUAGAAAGGUCUGCUGGAACAAAGCAUCAUCAGAUGCUACUUACAGUUGAUGAAGAAAGUGAAUGUCUUGGGUUGCUCUUGCAGUCUUGCAUUUCACUGGCAGAGUAUUAUUGCACUCUGUCUGGAGUUUAUCCUGAACAUGCAGUUCUUUACUUCGAAUUGAGUGAUCUGUCUUUGUGUGAUAUUAUUCAGAGAAUGUUAGACACCAGAGAUGCAAUGAAGACUGAUGACAGUGAAGAGCUCUUGUGUUAUGGUCGUGGAUUGACAAAUUACAUGAUGAUGCAACUCUUUCCAUGUGAAGGUCCUCAACUGUCACUCAGUGAGGAUAUGGGAGAUUUUAUUGUUGACCUCUUCGCAGCUGUAGACAGAGAGAAUUUGUCUGCUGUGCUUCUUGAGUCUCGACUAAAAACGUAUUCUCAAGAGAAAGCUCUAAACCAUCUCUAUGCUGCUCUUAAGGAUUAUACUAUAGCAAGCAAACAGUGUGUUGUGAGAGACACUCUGGCUAUUGCUGUUCUCAAUCUGGAGUUGUGUGAAGUAGAUGUGGCUGAGAAGGCUUUAAGGUCUUUGGCAAUUGGUGACCUGUAUGAUGUCUGUGAGGAAAAGUACAACUACCUUGUUGACAAUAACAGUCUCUCACCUCUGGGUCAGUUGAUUUGCAGACAUGAGACGGGUGCAUUCAUAUCAACAAUGCUGCACAUGUACACCAUUGGAAUAAUGGACUUGGAUCAAGCUCUGCAGAUAUUAGGGGUUUCCGACACAAGACGGCUGCAUGAGAACAAGUAUGCUUGUUAUUAUCUUGAAGCAUUUCUGUCAGAUGGUUCCAGAAGCAAGUCAUUUGCCAAAGCAAUGGAUGUGUUAGUGAGACUUUAUGUGCAGCAAAUAAAGCAAUCAACUUGUCAGGCAACUCAAAGCAGCAGCCCUGUCCCUUCCGCACAGUCACAUGACCUGAAGAAGGUUGCUGGGUAUGGAUGUUACAGUAUCCGGCCAAGUUGGCUGCAAUACCUACCACCUUUCAGGGAUGUCAAUAUGAAGCUGCGUUCAGCUCGAAUUCGUUAUACGGGGCAACGUCCCAGUGACAAACUGCCAGGACGUCAGAGAUCAGAUCGUUUUGAUUUCCUGGAUGUCCAGUCUCAGAUGUUUCGGAGAACAUCUCCCCGGUCUCAGAUACCAAACAUCAGAAGCAAACAUCAAGAUUUGAUAAACCUUCAGAGUCUUCUUUGCUCUAAAUACGCUUUUCAGUCUUUGGCUCAGACGGUUCUGGAUGAACUUGCUGCCUGUGGUCAAGGCAUACUGCAGGAUGUUGAAAUUUCUCUGAAAGUGUUGUGUUUACCAAAAGUGGGAUUCAAAAUUCAGGCACUUGAUUUACUGACAACCAGUUACCCCGACUGUCUGGUGCCAUAUUCAACUCACAUGCCACUUGAUAAGGACCAGUGGCAGCAUGUAUUGAGCUGUCUUCUUGCUCAAUCCCAGCGCCAAGGAACACAGUCAGAUGUAGGAGCUUACAAAGCAUGUUUGGAUCACUUGGCCAACAUAAUGGUGUCAAGAGAUUUCAUUGCUUUGCUUCCUUCUCAAGGAAAUGCUGCUUUCUUCCUGCCAUAUAUUCAGAGGAACUGUGUUGUGUCCCUAGGCGUUUCACUUCAACAGAAAUUAGUCAAUCAGUGUAGAUCCCAGACGCAUGACAGGGUGUGAUAGUGGUAAGCUAGGUGUUUGAAGAAAGAGAGAAAUUCAAUCAGAAUAGUGAUGGAGUCACCAGCAAGAAGGUUUGCUAGAUUGUGUAAUAUUCUGAGGACAACUGUAUUUACCAUACUAUGUAAAACCGAUGCUUUUUGUAUUACAAGCAAUUCUUCUUUAACUGAUGGUCUUUGAUAUA